UUAGACCAUUUUUGGAAGUUUGUAUCUUUCGUUAAUAACUAAAAUCUCCUGCAAAACCCUAGCUGCUCAUGAGUAUUCAGUCCUCAGUGUUAAGAUUUGUUGAAUACGAUGACUUCCGAGUACGCUUCCAACGCCGAGAUGCUGACUGAAGAUCUCAUCACCGAUAUUCUUGUCAGACUUCCGGUGAAGUCAUUACUCCGUUGCAAAUCAGUCUCCAAGCCCUGGUUUUCUCUUAUUUCCAGCCCUAAUUUCACUAAGUAUCAAUUGAAGCACACUCUCUCCAAACCAGGAGCUGAUCGAACCCUCAUCCUCAAAAUAGAUGAUGAUUUUAUCUCUCUGCUCAGUCUCAAUCCUCCUCAACUCAAUGCUCCGUUCGCCUUUCCUUACACUAUAGGUCAUUUCAGGAUUGUUGGCUCAUGUAACGGUAUUGUUUGCGUCUCUGCUCCCCGUACAUUCUGCUACUUUCCUUGGUAUAGGAGAACUCAUGAUAUCUAUCUUUGGAAUCCUGCUACUAGACAGUCCAAACUUAUUCCCCCGAAUAUCCGGGACGAUAUUCCGUCGAGGGCUGUAGGGUUUGGUUUUGAUUCUGUACAUAAUGAUUAUAAGGUAAUGAGAGUUGCUUCCUCGUUUGCUGAGCCUUUUUCAGCUGAGGUGUAUUCUGCCAAUGCUGAUGUUUGGCGCAAGUUAGAUCCCAUGCGGUCUGAUUACCCGGAGUAUGGUGAUUUUGAUGUCUGUGUGAAUGGAUUUUUGUGUUGCCAGGGGUUUUAUGGUAUGAUGGCUUUGGAUUUGAGCACAGAGGUGAUUGCUUCUGGUAUUCGGUUACCUCAUGGAUCUGAUAAAUAUUCUUGCAUAACAGAUUUUAAUGAUUCCAUUGCCAUCAUUACCUAUAACAAGGAUGAGUUGAAUCCUGUAAUCAAAUUGAGGACGUUGGAUGAUGAGGCCUGCCUUCGUGGUGAUGGAGUUGAGGCAUGCUGGACUCUAAGGCUCAGUAUUCAUGUAGAUUUGGCGGGGAGUAGUCUAUCGCGUGUUUAUGGCUGCUUCAGUACCGGUGAUUUCAUGUUAGGCACCGAGGAUACUCAGGAUAGCGUCCUUCUGUAUAACUCUCACAACAAAGAGGCCACAAAUGUCCCCUGUUCAAUUUAUUUUGGUCGGCGAAUUAUCAAGUAUCACGAGAGCUUGGUUUCAGUUAAUGAUCCAAAUUAACAAGUCGACUAGAAACCAGCGGUGAUUCUAGUUUUUUUGCUGGUAUUUUAUUUUCUAGAAAAUAUCACUAUUGCUGUAUUAUCUA